GUCAGUCGACUCGCAGCCGCCGCGCGGUACGGUCGCGCUACGACGCUUUACUCUGCUACGCCGUAGCCGUAGUCGGAACGUGCGCGAAAAAUGUGAUGAAAAAUUAAGAAGUGGCAUAACAAUAAUUUCUCAAUAUAUUUUAGUGAUCAAGUGACAUGAUGAAGUGGUUCUUAAUUCUGAUACUCGCCGGCUGCGCGGUCGCGAAUCCUGCUAAAAUGGACUCAAAACGGGACCACUGUAAUAAAACAGUGGAAAUCUAUGAAGAUGUCUCGUCACCUCCAGUCACUGCUGAGAAUUUCGGCAGGCCCCUCACUUGCACAUAUAGGUUUAGAGCAUUUCGAGGAUCGCCAAAAGAUUGGAUUCUGAGGAUACGAUUUAAGAAAUUCAAAGUGGGCACGCUUAUAAAUGGCACCACCUGUCACAAAGGAUAUAUGCAAAUUGUGGACGGUAACGCCAAGACUGACGUCUCCAAUAGGAAGGAGCCUGGCUUGUUCUGCGGCGAGAUCGAACAGCCUCAGACCUUCAUCUCCGAGACCAACUUCGUGAAGAUCGUGUUUCACGCCGACAACUUUACCGAUCAGACCUACUUCAGUUUCGACUCGAGAGCUGAACAACAAUUCGAGGUGUACCUUCGCUACGGACAGCAUCCAGAGUUGUAUCCCAACAGAAGAGGAGAAGUGGUGGCUGGGUCUUACUGCGAGCGAGUGUUUCGCGACUGCAGACUACAGACCUGUUAUGUGCAGUCGGCAGCAUACCCCGGCGUGUACCCGAGAAACCUACAUUGCAGAUAUCAUCUCAACACCCGACUCCCGUACAUAAAGCUGUACAUAGAGAACGAAGAAUUCAACAUUGAUGGACAGCGUUGCGAAAACAUUAUGACGUGUCCGAUGAGACCUAUCACAUCUGGUUCCGAGAACUGUCCAUACGACUACAUAAAGAUUUACGACGGUAAAGACGAGUCUGCGUCUGUGAUCGGCACCUUCUGCGGUAUGGGCAAGUUCCCGUACUCCAUCAUUGGCACCUCCCAAGACCUCUUCGUGGAGUUCGUCAGCUCACCAGCGGGACCUCUCCUGAACACCGGAUUCCACUUCAACGUGGGCAACUGGCCGGGCCACGUAGAAGCACCCGGGUCCAAGGUCGGGACUUGCGACUGGGUGUUGACGGCCGAGUCCCUAAAAGCGUCGGGGGACACUGAGGGCAUAUUCCUGUCGGUGGCCCACUGGUACCCUCCGCACACGUCCUGCACUUAUCUGAUGAAAGGUUUCCCGGGACAGGUGGUCAGACUGUACUUUCCAAGUUUCCGGAUCAACCGCAUAGAAUCACCGAUAGUGCCGUGGACCGGAGACUGCGGUGAAUCCCUGACUUUGUAUGAUGCACCAAGGCCAGACGAUGCUAGAAUCAUCAAGACCUUCUGCGACACCUUCAGCAGGCCGAUGGAGAAACACGAUUUUGUCUCCACUGGCAACGCCAUGUUCGUACGAUUCGAAAGCAAGACGGGAAGUUACAGCGGAUCAUCCCUGUACUACUGGGCGCAUUACGAUUUCUUCAAUAAUACACGUUUCGGGGAACCAGUCCAAGGAACUGCGUGCGAUGAAGUCAUUGCUUCUUGGAAGCAAAGAGCUGGUCGUCUGCGUUCUCCCCUCAACACCUUGGUUUACAAGCAGGCUCCACCAGGCGAAGACGUCCAUUGUCUCUACAGAUUUGUGACAGACAAAAGAAUUUACGCAAGAGUUAUUCUGACAAUAUUGAGUGUAAAUUUCAAGGAACAUCCUUAUACCCCUGUGUCCUGUCAAAACUGUUACGAAGACCGCGCCGACAAGCUUAUCAUCUGGGAACCAUUCCCGGGCGGAAAAUCUGCAAACGCUUCUAUCGGAGUAACAUCCACACCUCUUCCUCUGCACUUAGCUGUUCAAAGAUCUUUGGGCUCGUGCCUUUGUGCCAAACACGCAAACACUGUAUCAAGAGCAAGACCUUACAGAGUCGUGUCGUCUGGAGAGACGCUCAAUCUCCAACUCAUAGUUGACAACGCUCAUGCAGCGGCAUCUUAUUUCAAAAAUCCGUCACCACUCUUUGAAGCUAGAUACGAGUUUGUUCACGGACCUCUUUGUGGUCCCCCGGUUCUGGUAGCUGCUUCUGAUGGAGAAAUCGUUUAUCCACACUUAGAAGCUCUCGGUUACACGGAACCACCUAAAAAGAUCCAAUGUAUUUGGGAUUUAGAGAUAGAAGAAAAAAGGGACAUCUGGUUACGCUUCGACAGCAUAAAGUUUGCUUCCAGACAUUGUGAAGAUGGUAAUAUUCAAAUCUAUCUGCCAGGUAGAAUUGAGCCGUAUCUCUCAAUUUGCGGUGGCAAUGUAACUGAGACGGAGAAGCUGCCCAUCCUCUCAGCUGGGGAACUUGGUUUCGAAUCUUUAGAUGAUCCCCUUGUAAUAGAAAAAGAUAAAACAAGAUCAAUUAGAAUUGUGUUUAUUGGCAGUGCAUCUCCAGCGCGGGCGGCUUUCAAAAUAGCCUGGACAGGACUUUACCAUCUUCCCAAAAAUUCUGACGGCACACUAAUGACUUCUAAACUGACUGAUGGUGGGUCAAAGCCUUCCGAUUCAGGGCAAGGUUGUGACUUUAUAUGUCCCGGAGAAGAUGCUUUGUGCAUCCCAGCUAGGCUGAUGUGCAACGGUGUUAUCAAUUGUCCUAACGUGACAAGUGGUGAAAGGAAGUUCUGGACAGCUGAAGAGAAAAGAGCUAGAGAGGCAUACUCAGAAGAUAGUUUGCGAAGGUUGGGAUAUUUGGAUGGUUUAGGAGGUGUACCGUUCGGUCAACUACAUGAUGAGGCUCCAGAGUUGUGUGCUGGAGCAAGAAGCGCCGUUGGAGGUGAUUGGACGGCCCCAGCUUUAGGCGCUGCCUUGGCGAUUGUUUUGGGAGUCUGCGCAUUACUCGGCGUCUGGCGUUUGUGCUGCCGUAAGAGAUCCCCAGACGAAGAAUCUUUGGAUUACUGACACGCGGCCCGUGGUGCGCCUCAUGCACCACCCUCUCUUCAUUCCAGGUCCACUUCAAGAGAUCUACCCUUGGACUGGAGCCUCCAUUGACAGACACUUUACUGAGCGCCGGAACCCUCACAAGUUGUUCACUAAACCCAAUAAACUGUUUCGUAUUAAGUGCAUGUCUAAAACCGUUUCCCAAAUUACAGCCGCGCGAUCCAAUUCAUUGUUAAAUUAAUAACGGCAAGCUUCUAAUAGAAACUUAUUAAAUCACGAGGGUUCUCUAUUAAAUGUUUUAGGCGCUCAAUUAAUAGUUGAUAUGUAAUUAAUGUAUGUAAAUACGGUACGGUUAAUUAAUUCUAAUGGUAAUGUACGCUUCACACAAACGACGAUCAUAGGUUAUGACAAGGUGAUAGUAGCCGAAUGACUAAGCAAUUAUCAAUUAGGUAAAUAUAGUCGUAAUGAAUUUUGUAUUAUGAUUGCAGUGUAAUAAAGACCAUUUUCAUAGAAUUAAUGCCAUCUAUAUUAUUCUAAAGUUUAAAUUAUGAGUCUGCAUUUAUAAUGGUUUUUUUUAAGUAAGUACUCCUUAAACAACAUUUUACUUUAAAAUUUAGUCUCAUUCUAUGUUAAUCAGAAAGAGAGAAUAUCUAAGAGUAUUUACUCUUAGAUAAACAUUGACGAAAAUGUUUUCCCCCAAAUCAAGGUUUUGUAUCAAAAUCAGUCCAUGAUGAUGUUUAUGAAGCAAAUUGACUGAAUCCAAAACAUCUUCAAUGUCAAGAACUAGUGUGUAAUGUAAAUAGUGUACGGCUAGGCAAUAAAAAUGUUAUUGAUAUACCUAAAUAAAACACUGACAUUAGUAGGUAUUUAAAACUUGUGGUGAUCGUGAAAAGCAUGAUCGUAAUUUUUGGAAAAGAAAAUGAAGUGAUUAUUGGUGAUAAUAUGCUUUCAAUUAUAAUAUAACGCAAAAAAUUACAUUUCGGAUCCAUUUCACAUUUUCAUAGUGAAUCCUAUUAUACAAACGUUAAACGUGAAACUUUCUCACGACUUCGAUACAAGCCUUAAAGACAACAUAAUCUUUUGUACCUAAUAGUUACUGCAACAAAAUUGUAUAAUGUUGUCUGCAUGUCUCUUCGAAUCUUCUCAUCUCUCAUCAAUAAUUUAAGUAUGAGUAUGCCAGUAUAUAGCCCUAUUCCACAUUACGCGUUCUAUACUCUCACUAUUUUAUUUGGGAUUGACUCACAUUCAAACUCUGCAUAUAUCUACUCGAACAGUGCUUCGCCAAUAUUUGACUCAUUUAUCUUAUAUUUUGAUGGAUCUUUGGAAAAUAAUAAUAUAUUGCCUCUAAUGUCUAGUCCUAUUACCUUUUGUGUUGAAAAUAUAUCUAGUCAUGGAUAUUGCGACCAUUGUAUCAAUGUAAUGGUCAUUAUUUGUCUUUUAUCGGACUCAAUCUUAAAUAUUUUAGAAUCUUUAUUUUUGCCAUUAAUUUUGCGGCAAAUAUGAAAACAAAAAAUAGACACAAAAGAGACAUUAACCAUAGAGCAUUCAAAUAAGGAUGUUUUAUUUAAAUUUUCACAAUUUUAAAUUAGCUAAAACUUAUUUUAUCAGUUUUUUUAGAAGUGUUUUAAUUACGAUUAAGUUUGGUUAAAAUUAAUUGAGCCGAGCGGUACGCUAAUCAUUAACCUAUACGAUUUUUAAUUAAGGCAACUCAUGAAAGAUUCCUCUACAUGUUCACAAAUUCUCUUUGAACUUAAAGACUUAAAAAGUUGAGUUUGUCAAGCUAUAUUAAUUAUAUGAACCGUGGGGAAAAUACCAAAUCAAAAUAAUAUUACGAAACUGAAGGAUGCUGAAAUUGGAUCAUUUCUGAAAUUAUCAAUAACAAUAUGAAUUUAGGCCCUUAAUUAAGGAAAGAAGAUGUAUUACUGUAUUACGUUUCAAUCAAAAUUGAAUUUGUUCUGUAACCUAGAAAGAAAAGCGUCGAGUUUCGUAAUUAUAUUGCUUAGAAAUUCCACGUGAUGUUUUGAUCAUCUAAUUAGUUUUCGAAAGGAUCUUUGAAGUUUGUACAUAAUUUAAGGAAACGUAAACUUAGUAUGAUACUUGCGUUCGCAGUAAUUUGAUUACAUCUGUAUGACUGAUGGAGUGGUUAUGACGUCUCGCACAUACAUAGAUAUCCUCUCGACACUGCCGUUGUAAAGUUAUUUAGCUUGAGAGCGACUUGAAAGGAUGUGAUGUUGAGCUUAUGAAUAUUUAUUUGGGUUAGGCUGGUGCUGUACAGCGCGUAGGCAAUGUUAUUUUCAUCUCGCCACGUGAGUAGAUAAUAAUUAUAAAGGGUUAAGUUUUCGACAGUAUCAAGGUAGGCAUUGUUAAUGAUAUACCCAUCUAUUUAAGAAUUUUCUUAAACUGCAAUUCCUAUUAUAACUUUGCUGUUCAACUACUCAAAGUUUACUAAGAUCCUUGCCUAUUCGAUUCGGUUUUUGAAUAGGUACAUAUUUUUCAUACUAUUGCAACCUGUGAUCGCAACUGACCACACUGCAUGCGACGCGCAACAUAAUUGGCUUGCAUAUUUGCUAGCUAGUCUCUAAAUUCGGCAUCAAGCGAGGCUAUUUAAAGUGUAAAGCCUAAGCCUUAAACCAAAGUAUAAUCUGGAUGAGCAAGCUGUUUUUUUUUUAAAUUAUAAAUUCUAGCAACAUGCGCGAUCCUUUUCGUUGCGUUAACAAGAUCUAGGCCGAACUUCCCUCAGCGGUUUUUCGUUUUAGCUAUGAUAUGGCGGAAUUCAAAAGGCAGGUAAACCUUUUCCUUCGGAUCCCUCAUGUCGUGAUUGGUACCCUUGGUGUUGCAAGUCUCCAUGGGCGGCAUAUACCACUUACCAUGAGGUGGUAUAUCAGCUCGUUUGCCUGCAUAAUAUUAAAAAAUCGUUUUAGCAUCAGCCUAGUUAUCGGACGGUAAAUUAGUAUUAAUGUUAUUAUUUUAAUUUAUUACACUAUUAAAUUUAGUGUUUAAGCAAACGCGAUAAUGAGUUUUUGAAUUUGUUAUUGCAUAAUUAAGUAGUAAUGUUAGAUUGCAUGAAUAGAAUUUUGUGAGUUAAGGUUUGUUGAUUAAUCCAAUUUGUGUAUACUUUAGUGGCAAUUAUCGAGUGAUGUAUGUAUAAAUGGCUCAACAUCGAACAGUUUGAAUGUUUAGUUUCAAUACACCGUUGUAUUUAUUACGUUAACCAUCGGAAAAUGUUGAAGAAUAAAAAUAUAUUUUCUA